AUGAUAACAUUCACAUCAUCGUCUGAACACUUCAAUUUUGGGAAGCGCUCCACCAUGCAUAUUAGUGAAUUUUUGGUCAAUGGAAGGAGGCUGCAAUGGAGAUUUUCCGUAGAGAGUAGUUCGAGAUUUUUUGGUACUUCUCUGCGAUCUAAACCGCUUGGUGAACCGAACACUUUAUUACACCAUGUAUAUGAUGACUCUACAGAACCUGUGGAAGAGGUAAUUGGGUUGGACUUAUUCGAGGAAGAUGGAACUGAAAAUCAAAUGGGUAAUUUUCCCUUGAGUGACACCAGUGGUAGAAGUCCUAUGGAGGAGUCUGAUAUUUGCUCGAUCUGUUUUGAAUCCUGGACUACUUCAGGCCCGCAUCGGAUUUGUUGUCUUAAAUGUGGUCAUUUAUUUGGUCGAAGUUGUGUUACAAAGUGGCUAAUGUCCGCCCGUCCUAAGCCAGGUACCUGCCCUCAAUGCAAUGCCAAAGCUCAUACCAAAGAUAUCAGGGCUAUAGAUACAACAGAUAGGGAUCGAGCGUUGGAAGAUUUAGAGGUUGAAAGGAAACUUAGAAAAAAAGUUGAAUUGGAGUUAUCAGAGUACAAGUUCAAGCUUCAGCUAGCUUGCUCUGACGUGGAGAAUUUGCGAGACGAAUUAAACAGUCUGAGAGCUGUGAUUUCCACUUCAAAGAAUGCUCAAUUGUCACCUAGUUCUUUAUCUAAGAGACCCAAACUCUCGGAUUUAUCUGUUGGUUCCUAUAACAUGGUCAAGACCUUGAAUAUCUCACCGGUUCAUACCAAUGACCUGCGGCCCCUUAAGUUCAUGCAUCUUCAUGCCCAGCCAAUUCGUGACCUUGCUUUCCAUCCAGAACAGCAGGAUGCCAUAGUCGCCUCCGCCAGCAUGGAUAAAUCCCUCAAACUCACUAGUCUUCUCGUUGAUCAAGUUGUACAGACAUACCAGUGCUCAUCACCCAUUUGGAGUUGUUGUUGGGCCUUCCCAAGUCCCAAUUAUCUCUUCGCGGGUUGCGUCAACGGCUCCGUUUACCUCUUCGAUAUUCGCGUUACCUCUCGACCCGCCUCUGUGUUCGCCAUUUCGGCUUCCUCCACAGCACCGGUCAUCGCUCUUCAGUAUAUCUCACCAAAUCCCAGUGAUCCCACCUUUCAGUCGGGUGGUCUACUCACUGGGCAGUUGACACAAGUGGCUUUUCUAGAGGAGGCUGUAACUACCACCGCGGCGGUUGUCGGUGGUGGGGAUGAGGAGCGGAGAUACAGAAGCUAUCCAUUAUCCUUGGAGGGCUCCUUAGUCUCGCUGUCUAGUUUACACGAUGAACGCGGCCUCUUCCUCGCCUCCUACCGACCCUCGACUAGAGUACCGCGCGUGCGGCAUCUCUGCACGCGACUGAAGGCCUCCCAGGCAGUGGGCUCAGAGACAGGGAUGCCUCGGCCACAUGGCUACGACUGCGAGUCGGUGGCCAGUCUCUUUGGCGGCACACAGAUGCGCAUGCUCUCGAGGGCUCGUCUAUUUCGACAGGAAAAGUCCGAUCAGCGAAAAGCUCCUCAGAAAAUUGUUAGUUCUCUAAAGUCCUCAUUGAAUUCAUCUGGACCCCACGUCGGCACCUACCUGUCUCAUCUGCGAACGGCUUAUCAAAUUCUGGCCGCGUCUGGAGACGACGAUGCGGGCGGCGCUCUCAUCUGGAACUGCACCACGGGUGUCCGCAUUCAGACCCUUACCGUGGCUAGUGCUACAAUCCCUGUAAUUGACGUUUGCACCUUUAACAACGGAGGAAAUUUGGCUCUCCUAACCGACCACCAAAUUGACGUUUUUAAAUGGUCACAAAGUUACGGAAGUGACACUUGA